UAGCACCUCACAUGUUUUACUCACCACGACUAUAUUUUUAAUUUUAUAAUGUCUAACUCUUUCGUUUUUUACAUAUUAUUGGACAAAUCGGUCUCCCACAUUCUGCUUUACGGAGCCCUGUGAGGACGUGAAUACAACGCGGUGGCAGGGACGACCUUACGUGAUGACGUUCCACGUUUCGUCACCGCGUCGUACGUACGCUCUGCUGUGCUAUGCUACGCUGUGCUAGCUCAAGAGGCUACUUUUCUGCACCCGCCUGCUCGCCUCCUGUUGUUGUUGUUGUUGUUGUUGUUGUGACCUGAGGGACACUUACUAACUUAGUUAACUUAUUUACAAACCCGUUAACAUUCUCCGGAGCGCCUGAGUGACCGUGUCGGGCCGUCGCCAUGGCUCUGCAAGGCCCGGAGGAGCUCGGGGAGCAGGUCGAAGAGCCGGAGGAUCUGGACGACCAGGACGCUAGUAGCAUCUCUCCGGCCGAGGAGAUAACUCUUCCCCCCGGGCCUGGAGGCGACGAGGAGCCGGAGGAGGCUCUCCUGCUGCCCUGGGACCGCUUCUCCGCCUGGCUGCACUGCAUCUGCGUGGUGGGCUUCGACCUGGAGCUGGGACAGGCGGUGGAGGUUAUUUAUCCGCAUCAUUCCAAACUGUCAGAGAAAGAGAAAACCAGCAUCUGCUACCUUUCCUUUCCCGACUCCAACUCAGGUUGCCUUGGCGACACCCAGUUCUGCUUCCGCUUUCGUCAGGGUUCCAACAGGAAGUCGUCGCUCGGCUGCUUCCUGGAAACCACUGACAGGGACGCACCGCCCUGUCUGAAGAGGGAACAGGGCCAUUACUAUGGUUACGUGUACUUCCGUCAGGUGCGAGACAAAUCCCUGAAGAGAGGAUACUUCCAGAAGUCUCUGGUCCUGAUCAGUAAGCUGCCCUAUGUGACCUUCUUCCACUCCCUGUUGAAGAUCAUGGCUCCAGAAUACUUUGAGAAACAGGAGCCCUGUCUGGAGGCUGCUUGUAAUGACAUAGACCGCUGGCCGACGCCCCAUCCUGGACGAAUCCUCACGCUGCCUAUUAUGGGCGUGGUCAUUAAGGUUCGCAUCCCAACCUGUUACGACAAACCAGGAACCUCGCAGCUGGUCCAGUCUGCACAGAGUGACAGUCAGGUGUCCAUCGUGCUCCCAACCAUCCAUGAAGUCGACCUCUUCAGGUGUUUCUACCCGGUCUUCUUCCACAUCCAGAUGCUGUGGGAAUUGGUGUUGCUGGGGGAGGCACUCGUCGUCAUGGCGCCAUCGCCAGCGGAGUCGUCGGACACCGUGCUGGCGUUGGUCAGCUGUAUCUCUCCUCUGCGUUACUGCAGCGACUUCCGGCCGUACUUCACCAUCCACGACAGCGAGUUUAAGGAGUACACCACCAGGACGCAGGCUCCGCCCUCAGUCAUUCUGGGUGUGACCAAUCCCUUCUUUGCUAAAACCCUGCAGCACUGGCCGCACAUCAUCCGCAUCGGAGACAUGAAGCAAGCAGGAGAGAUGGCCAAGCAGAUGAAAGUCAAGAAACUGAAAAACCUCAAAACUCUGGAUUCUAAACCUGGUGUGUACACUGCAUAUAAGCCGUAUCUCAACAAGGAUGAAGAAAUCAUCAAACAGCUUCAGAAGGGUGUUCAACAGAAGAGACCCUCUGCAGCCCAAAAUGCAAUUCUUCGACGUUACUUCUUAGAACUGACACAAAGCUUCAUCAUUCCUCUGGAGCGGUACGUUGCCAGUCUGAUGCCUCUGCAGAAGUCCAUCAGUCCCUGGAAGAGUCCUCCUCAACUCCGACCGUUCAUCCAGCAGGACUUCAUGAAGACUCUGGAGAAAGCUGGACCUCAGCUCACGUCUAGACUGAAAGGAGACUGGAUAGGACUGUAUAGGAAUUUCCUCAAGUCUCCCAACUUUGACGGCUGGUUCCGCAACAGGAGGAGAGAGAUGACCCAGAAACUGGAGGCUCUGCACCUUGAGGCGCUGUGUGAGGAGGAUUUGCAAGAGAGAGUCCAGAAGCACUCUGAAGUGGAGACUGUUGAUCUGGUUCUGAAGCUGAAAGAUAAACUGAGUCAGGCGGAGAAGGAGCAGCUCCCAGUGCGUCCGGGGACUGUGGCCAAACUGAGGGCUCACAUUGAGGCCGUCAUCCUGGCCUUACCAGAGGACCUGCAGGGUAUCCUCCACAAGCCCUCCACACCCUGACCUUUAACCCCUCAAGUCUGCAACCCUAACCCCUGUUUGAGCUUGUUUUAAAGUUUGGGGGGUAGUGGGUUUCCUCCCAGUUGGCUCCCAAGUGGAGGGACCCAAGUUUACUCAGACUGGGUCCUAGUUUGAGAACCUGUUCUGGUCUAAUACGGAAACCACACAGCGCUGUUUUAUUUCCCUAAAUAUACAUCCCACUUUAGUUGUGUUUACUUUAUUCCCCCCCCCCUCAAACCGCUGCUGUGGCGGCUCAGUGGACCAUGUUCAUGUGGUGUUCAGACAACCAGCCAGAACCAGGCCGGAGCUGCCCGACGUGAACUCCUCUGAAGGAUUUUCAGAAGGUGAAACAGCAUUUUAAAGAACUGAGGAGAUAUUAUCAAGUACAGAAAGGAGCGCUUGAUGCACUUCUAGUUCACCACAGCUCCGUACCUUUGGUGGCCUGUGUGCAAAAAGGAUCCGUCAUCACAGUGGAGGUAAGAGAAGGAAGAUGAACCCAGCUGACCUUUGACCCUCAGCAUUUUUAACUCCUGAUGUUUUGUCAUUUUUAACCUUUUUUAACUUGACGAUGGACUCCCGCAGUCCGGCAGAACUGACUUUGGAGUUUUUCAUCCAUAUUUUUUUUUUUAAAAAGAAGUGCACUUCAUCGCUAACUGGACCAGUGUGCCCUUCACGCACACACACACACACACACACACUUAUGCAAACAAACUGAACCGAGCAGAGCCAAGCAGUGCUUUAUAAUUACAUUUUACUAACAUGUUAAAACACACAAUGCACAGAGCAUUAAGUACCAGCGACCCUGUAAUAACUGUCAAUGCAGUAAACGGCUCUUGUCUCGUGUGCUCAGGAGCCAGUCACAGCCCUGUAUCCAUGUCACAUGAUCUUUGUAUAUCCUGUCAUAACAGCCUGAGGAAAUAUUCCAAAUGUCCAGAAAUGUUGUCGUUAGUAUUGUAUUUCUCUGAAAACUGAAUCCUAAACGUUUUAUUUCAAGCUCCUCUGAGGGUUGAAGGAAAGUCUUGCUGGACUGUGAAUUUAUGGAAGCCUAUUUCUGCCAAGAAAGAGAAAAAGAAACCGAUAAACACUUAGAAAUGUUAACAAAUACUCACGGUAAAUCCAAAUUUUGGAGAUACUAAGACACUAAUUUAAUUUUUUUUGUCUCUUCAUGUAAAAGUAUGAGAUCCUAAGUUAAACGUUUGAAGUCAGUAUUAUUAAAUAAAAUAAAAAGUUUGACUUCUCGUUAAAAUUGUGACAAGUAAUAAUUGAUACUAGGUCAGAAUUACAAUCUGAUAGCUCUGACUUUUUUAUGUAAUCAUUUUAAAUUACCAUGAACAUUUUUAAUAUUUCAUUAGUUGUAGUUUUUCCUUCUUUUCCUGGUGGAGACGGGUUUUUAUAAUGAAACUUCUUUGAUAAACUUCAGCUCAGUGCAAUACUGCUUUCCUCCCUUCAUGGAAAGUUUUUACUGGGCAGCACUGACACAACAAAUGCAAUUUGGAAGUAUCUAUACUACUUUAUAACAUUUAAAUCACUAAAUCUUCUGAAUCCUCAAUGCAAAACUCAUCUAAUUUAAUUAAUUACGGUCCUAAGUCAUGUAAGAUUUACUUGUAAAGAAUAUAAUUUAUUUUGUGCUGUGCACCAGUUUGUAAGAAGAUGUUUUUAGCUCAAAUGGAGGAAGACUUAACUUCUGUAGUGGCUCGAACUGUAUAAACUUUGCAACUAAAACAUGAUUCAUACACACAGAUGAACCUGCACUCACACAGAACUCACUCUCUGACAUUUAUAUGUGGGACAGUAAAUAGUGGUUUACGCUUCGGACAUGUCACGUGACAUCAAUGCAGUUUAAAUCCACACAUGUUGAGAGACAGGGACAGAUUUAGUAAUCGGAUGAUGUGUGCGUCACUCAGCUGUGACUGGAUGUGUGAUCUUGUGGUAAGAAAACAGAGGAUGCUGGUUUUUAUUCCUCUGAAUGUAAACAAAGACAGAUGUUGGCCUGUGGUUGCUGUAGUAACAGUGUGUACUACUGCUGAUAACAGUUUAUAAUUGAGCCAUAAAGUCUUCACACUUUCUUCCCCAAAUCACCACCGUAGAAAUCGUUUAUAAUCGUUUGAGAGUGAUCACAUUUUUAGCUUUGCACUGUAAUAUAAAUGAGAAAGUUUAACUUGAUGAUCUUUUUCAUGCUUUUAAUGAAACUGGUUCAUUACGUUCCCGACUGCAGUGAAAGGUUGACGUAUUUAUAGAGAUUCAAAAUGAAAUGUCAAACAUUGCAAACCCCAUAAAUUUAUUUUUUUCAAGUCAUAAUUUUGAUUUAGGAAGUCAAAAUCUUUUACUAAUUCAUUAAGUCUUAAUUAUAAUUACAAUUAUUCAUUUAACAUACCAUUUUAUUUGAUUAUUUUGCAGACAGAAGUGUGCUUCCAUAGAUAAGUGAGUCCAAACUGUGAGAGAAAAGUCCUGCAACAACUCACAAAAUUCACCAGAAAUGUUUUCACCAGCGUGCUUUUAGUAAAGAUCCUUUUUAGAUGAUCAGCGGCUGCACGGUCAAACCUGCAUUUCUGAGAAAAUGGGAGACAAAAAGACGCCCAACACUACAGCCAGCAUUGUUUUAACUGAUAUUACACAGAUGGAGCAGCUUUUUGAUUUGUGUUAAAACAAUGCUGGAGCCUUAAGGGAAUGAGAGCAGAACCAAAGAUUGAACGAGUUAGUCGCAAUCUGAAUGAAUGACGACUGGUUCCUGUAAAGAUAAUGAGAGCGGCUCAAGGAUUAACGUUUUGUUCUUACACUAAAUUUAAUCUGCUGAAGAACCACUUCUGACAAAAACUGAACUCUUGACGACCAUCCCGCUCAGGAUCCUCUAUGUCGAAGUCUGUUUUAAAUUGUUUUUCUGAUGAACUGACGAGAGAGAGCUCAAACUUACAAACCUACACACAGAGUCCUUUUUAAAAUAUGAGAAACCCAACAAACUUACUUUCAUAAUCCACUUCAGAUUACAGGUCAUUAAGUGUCUCAGAGAACUUUAAACUUAAAUUUAAUAAACAAUUAAAGGUCCAGUGUGUAACAUUGAGGAGGAUCUAUUGGCAGAAACAGAAUAUAAUAUUCAUGUUUUCAUUAUUGUAUAAUAGCCUGAAUAUAUGAAUCAUUGUGUUUCUGUUGCCUCAGAAUGGCAUGUUGAACCGUUAUGUUUCUACACUAGCCCAGAACGGACAAACCAAACACUGCCUGUAGAUGGGGCCUUUUGCAGGUUUCUCGAGGCCACUGUAGUUUCACCUACACACUAGACUGAGCUGUAUUCAGAUUGUUGAAAUCUGCAACUUAACCACUAAAAUCCUGCACACUGGUCCUUUUUAAACAAAUGAGAAAAUAAUUGUUGUUUAUUAAAAGGAUCUUGAAGUUUAAAAGGCCAAAACUUGCAAAAACCGUUGGUCCUUUAAAAUAAAAAAUCAUUCAACUCAAAGCUUCUUUAGGCCCGAUUUUAUUUUAAUUCAUGAACAUUCCUGGACUCCUAACAGUGUAAAAAUUAAAACCACAUAUAGUGACAGCAAUAACAGCUUAACAGGUCAUUUCAUUUAUUGUGGUUAUUUGUAUUUUACAGAACGUAAAUUACUUUGAUUUUUUUUUUUUUUCUAAAACUAUAGUUAUUGGUUACACAUAACGGCACAUAGUUGUUUGAUGUUUGCUUUUUCAGAAUUUGACUUGUUUGAAUAUGUUAAAUGGCCCCUGUUGUCAAACUUUGUUGUUGUUUUUGUUUGUUUUUUGGGUCAUUUUCCUUUAAGCCAUCAUGUAACACGUUAUAUAAAUUCUUUGAAAUUUGCCUCUUUUUUUUUGUCAAGCAGAUAAUUGUAGAGAAUUUUAAAAAACACGUGCUGGUUGGAUAAACCUGUGACAUCUGGUUGUUGGGCAACCAUCUAAGUUUUAUAUUUGUAAAAAAAAAAAAACUUAUUUUAACAACUUUGAAUUUUUUAUGGGCUGUUCUCAUAUUGUACUCUGUGGAGAAUGAAGAGUUUUAUACAUAAUGGUGUAAAGUGAAAUGACGGCCCAGAUAUGAUGCACAAUAGUUAUUUUGCUAUUACAACAGAUGUCUUACUAAAUGCAGAGAUAUAAAUACGAGUUGCUCCAUAUAAUGUUCACUUACCUUUCUCUGACUAAUUACAAUGUUGUUGACAACUUGA